AUGAGUGACGAGCCCUUCAGUGCGGAGUACUUCCAGCACCUACUAUCCUCGCUCACUCUAAACUCCAGGGCUUUAAUCACAGAACUCACUGCAUUGGCUGAACGCCACAUCGACAAGGCUACCAUCAUUGUGUCCCUCAUCGAGGAAAGAAUACUAAAGAUUAUACCGAAGUACAAGCUUCAUACGUUCUACUUGAUGGACUCCAUUGUCAAGAACAUUGGCAAUCCAUACAACUUGCUUUUUGCCAGGAAUUUGCACAAAAUCUUCACAGAAAGUUACCUCGUGGUUACAGACACCCUAACCAGGCAGAACUUGAUCAAUUUAUUCAAAACAUGGCUCACGGGUAGAACGACUACUGGAGCUGAGCUUUUUCCACACGAUGUGCUUCUGAAGAUUGAGCAAUUCAUCAUCAAGGCGACAUCCUUGAACAGCUCCGGUCAGGAAAACGUAAGGAUCAGCAGAGAUACGCUUCUAAGAGAAGCCAACUACUUGCUUCAAUAUGUCAUCGCUAUGGAUGAAGAUCUUGAACGUUUCGGACAGCAUGAAGAGGCCUUCAUUGAUGAAGCCAAGAAGGCGCAAAUACACCUGUUCCACGGCGUCAGAAACAAACUAAUUUUAAUCAUCAACAGCAUAAGUGAAACAGUCAUGAUGAGUUCGAAAAUAGAUCUUGAAAAGAUUAAGGAGCCCUACGCAGCAGAGUUGCAGCAAGUCAGAAGAGCUCUUGACGACCAAAGCUUCCAACAGCUGGCUCUAUUCAGAAGUGUGUUGGAGAAGAAGCAGAGUGCUUUGGACAAAGAUCUCAAGAAGAUUGAAAUAACUCUAAUUCCAAAGCAGUUUGACCCUCUCAAGGUGUUGGCGGGAGAUGAGGAUCUAGCAUUCGAUGCGUUUGUCAAAGGAUGGGGCCUACCCAUUGUGAAGAAGGAAGAGGCUGUUGCAAUGGAAGAAAAACAAAUGACGCCUCCCGAGGUCCAAGAGGUUCCAAAGGACGAUACGUCUCUUGCUGCACAACUAGGCCUCAACGUCACUUCCUUCAACUUCUCGGACUCAUUCUUGGGCAGCCCGAAGAACGAGAUUACUCACAUGUCCCCAUCACACUCAUUGAACGAGAAUAACGACGACGAUGAUGACGAAGAUCAGUUUGGCUACGACCCUGAAAAAAUGGUUACUGACACCGAUUUCGAGCGCAUUACAGGCAACCCUGUUGAGACAUCAGAGACCAAGCCUUUCAACGGCAAGUCGAGCCUCAAAAGACCCGGUGUUGCUGAGGAUAGGAUAGUGAAACGUGUCAGAUUCGAUGUAUAA